AGGGUGCUUCCUCAGUGGCGCCCCCUGGCGGGGAACGCGUGCAAAAAGUCCAGCUCUUAGGCAUGUCCCGUUUGAGGCAAGCGUGCUAGUGGAUGCGUUUUGGUAAGAUUGAUACGGCCUUGCCAGAUUACUUGUGAUUUGUCCUUAGUGAUUUAUCUGUCACUCAAAGUGGACCAGAACAAGCGCCUUAUUUCAUCAAGUCAGCGGCCCAUCACAAUCUCAAUCUACGCUUUUUGGUGGGUUGAGGUUGAGUUCAAGUUGGCGUGUGAACUGUGAACUGGUCACAAAUUAAAGCAAGUACCUACCAUCGAUUGCAAGAUGGAUUCGCCCGACUCAUCAUUCUCAGUUAUAAUCCAACACAUGGGUAGGAAGGAAUCGGUUGCCCUACCAGCUGAUAUCACCCUGGGCGACUUCCAGAGGACCGUCGAAGACAUGACGCACGUGCCGGUAGCGGCGCAAAAAGUCGUGCACAAGGGUCGUGACCUGGCCCGUAAUGACUCGGACGUUACGCUUCAGGACUGCCGGGUAAAGAACAAAGACAUCGUUAUGAUCCUGGGUCUUCCCGUCGAUCCGGUGAACGAUGAGACCCUGGCCGCCAUCGCCGCCCUGGAAACCCAGUCUGAGGCGGUGAUCACUCGACUGGACGACAUUCAGAAGGAUCUGGACGGCGCCCGAAAGGGUUUCCUUCCAGCCAGGAUGGCCGCCGAGGUGCGUCCCAAGCUGGAGAAGCGCCUGUUGACCGUCUCCGAGGAGCUGAUGCGCCUGCUGGAGCGGCUGGAUUCCAUCUCAGUGGGCCAGAGCUCAGAGUCAACGCGCCGAAAACGAAAGGCCGUCGUGACUGCCAUCAACGCCCAAAUGGAUAGGGCAGAUAAACUGAAGGAGAAAUUAGCAGAAAUUGGCUCAUAGGUUGAGAUAGGUAGAUAUUAGGUAUUUAUCGAUAUCUAUAUCAGUGAGAAAUGAAUAGAUAUUUGAUUUUUAUCUAUAUCAAGUGUUGGACGGGUCAGAUUCAGAUUUUGGUUCUUGGCUUCAAGUGCUGGUUCCGGGGUCUCCCGCUAGAGGCGCUGUAGUAGCGGCCCUAGUUCGGCGUUCUGCCGCCAGAGGAGCUGCCACGGUUGCGAGCUUCUGAUCCUCGCCGCUUGGCGUGCGAGCGCAGGUGAUGCUUGAUUUCUGGUGAUGCUCUAGUGAGCUUCGAUCAGUCUUGACUGCCGUCCUGAAAGCUCCUUUGGCAGCUUGGAUGUGUUGUUCUGGGCCUAACACGCGGCCUCGCCAGCUUAUUGCCCGACUAGCGCAUGACUAGCCCACGACUAGUACCUGACUAGCGAUAGUCAACAGAUAGCAAGCACUAAUCAACACCUAAGGCCAUGACUAGUACCUGACUAGCGACUGGCUGUAGUCGCCAUAUUAUGCGUCUACGAUGCGUCAUGCGAGUCCUUUGGUUGUCAGAAAAUGCUUGAGUGACUUGAGUGGCUUGGCUGACUUCUCAUAUGCGACGACUGAGGAUUGACCUGCCGAGUUAGCGACUACCGACUGCGUUUACCAUCGAAGAAUUGACUUUGAAUCACUUUCGAUUCAACGGUAAAUCAGAAGACCUAUUAUAAGAUAACAGUCGUCGCGGGAUGGGGCUCCAGAUUGACCAAAGUUGCGAAAUUAAGAGUUUUCUGGUAAGUAGGAUCAAUAUUGGUUGUAAGUUGUAACUUUGAUGAACGAAUUGUCUAUUACCAACUGGAUGACUUUUUAGGGAGCUGUACUGCAUGGAACAGACGGCGUUCUUUUUCGCCCCAUUUCGAGUCGAAACCACGACGAUAGUGGACAAGUUUGACAGAGUUUUUCCACAACGAAUUAUCGACAUUGCCAGGAUGCUAGUUUUCUUAUCGCUGAAGCGCUACUUGUCUUGCUUGUCAUACGCUUGCAUAUGGUCUGUUGGGAUUAUACUCAGUGCUAAAUGGGUAAAUUUUCCGUCCAAUGCACGGCGCAUCGGUGCAUUCGAAUUUGUGCAGUGCACUAGUUGAUCACAGAGGGGGACCAGCUGUGUAUCUUCUCCGAGAAUCGAGGACCAUCUUAGUUCAAAUCAAAUGUGUUCAUUUUCAACGUGAGAUUAUGGUAGCCUUUUCAAAGUACACAGAAUGUUCACCGGUAUUCUUUACCGGGUGGCACUGCCAGCUUUUAUUUGCAUUUAUUUGUGACAUGGAGUAAAUGUUUCGGCAAUAAGCUAUAUUUUACAACAUAGGCGGAUGUUUUAGGCUAUGACGACUUUGAAUAACUGGACAUUGUGUUUUUGCUGAGGCCAAACCUGGUGUGUCGCUCUAUACGCUUAACAUGUUGAUGUAAUGCGAUGUGCAAAGUCGCUGAGUUUUUGAACAGCUCCUGCAACGAAUAAAACACAUCGCUUAGCCCUCUG